AUGUCAGACCUCAAAGAGCCAAAAUUAUUGGAAAAUAUAGAACACAAUGAAGACUAUCCUGAACAGGCUAUGACCAAUGAUCAAUUCAACUCAUCACGACAGGCUAUGAAUAUGGACCAAACACAAUUGUUCAAUACUAUCACGUCAAACAUUCAGUCGCAAGAACAAGGCGAUCAAAAAAGGUUUAAACUUUUCGUAACUGGUGGCACGGAAACAGAAAAGACGUUUUUGUUUAACUUGUUGAAAAAUCAAGUGAACAGAUGUUACGGGAAGCAGGUUACAAAGAUCGGCGCUCUGACUGGGGUUGCAGCACGACUAGUAGGUGGCUCUACACUGCAUGCUCUGAUUACAAGUUCAAAGAGACGGCGUCUUAGUGAACGUGCCUCAACGCUCUGGAAACUACUUGAGAAUUAUGCGUCAACAUUGGCAAAAUGUAGAGUUCUCGACGACGAGUUCGUGGACGAGAUAUCUAAGGUUCCGUAUGAGAUGUUGUGCGUGAUAAACGCUCCUUUACGCCAUCUAAAGAAUAACGAUGAUCCCUUUGGCGGUAUAAACGUUAUGCUCUUUGGCGACCUAAUUCAGCUUCCAUCAGUGCAUGGGAAAUAG